AUGAAGGAGAUGGUCUUUCCGUAUCGAAUCAAAGAAGGAAGAAAGAAUGGACGAAUUAUUUCAGGCGAAGCGCACCCUUUCGGGGGCAUCGCAGCUUCCAUACCCAUGCAAGAUUUGGACCUUCAUUCUCCAACUCCUCCCUUGUCACCACCUCAUAAGCUGAUGCAACGGGAGAACAAACCAUUCGUUGUCAUUCCCCAGAUACAAGAAUCCCCGAGCAUAAGCAGAAUCAGGGAUAUAUGUAGCACGUACCUCUUCAACUUUCUCCGGUGGGAGAAAAAAAUAGCAUCUGCAACCUUCAUCGAAAGUCAAUUGGAAGUUCUUUCCCCAAGCACAGAGUCUAUUAAAGGCCCUGAGCUUACCCACCAAUCAGUCCAAAACUACAUUCGACGACCAUCGCCCAGACGCCAAUGCAACCCCUUCCCCAAGAUUCCUUUCGUCUUCCGAAUACCUCGCCAAGUAGAAGAACUGACAGCAGGGCUUUCGAUCACCGAUCUGGAUCUUAAUCUGAAGAUGAAGCGUAUGCUUAUGAGGAAAGAAUUCUGCCAGCAUCUUACGAUUACUGGCUGCGCUAGGUACAGACUUCCAUGUGGGGACAAAGCUGAGACCUUGGUUAAAAGGUAUCUCAGCAAUGUCCGGGACAUAACGAACCAUGAGCUGUUUCGCCUGCUUCAUUAUCUUGAGGCAGACGGCAACAACUGCAUGGGUAUCAUUAGGUUCAUAAUUCCAGGACUCGGGGAUGGGGACCGCUUUGGCACGAAGAAAAAGGUGAAGAGUUUCAUGAUUUUCAUCUCCCCUAGGCUGGCCAAGGGAGCAUUACCUUUUUCAUUCUCUUUCAGGCAAUUAUCAUUGGAAUCAGGAACUCUCACAAAGUGGUUGAAAGGUUUCCUUAUAGAAGAUGCGGACAAAACAAGUUUUUUAUCAAUACCAGAAGGCAGUUGGGGUGGAUCUAUGGGACUCACACUAUGA